UCAUAUCUUCUGAAUGUGUCAAUGUUUCACAGAUGACGCAUCGUUGAAUUGGCGAUUUUUGUGUACAAUUUCAUUUUCCUCAUACGCGUAAUUAGUUUCGAAAUAUUGUGAAUCUGAUCAUUUAUUUAGCAUUUAAGUAGUCUCCAGGACUAAUUAUGAGUUUCCUCGGCAAAAUAUUCGGUGGGAAAAAGGAGGAGAAGGGGCCAACUACCCAUGAAGCGAUACAAAAGUUACGUGAAACCGAAGAAUUAUUGGUAAAAAAACAAGAGUUUUUGGAAAGAAAGAUCGAGGUAGAGAUACAAACUGCUAAGAAACAUGGAACCAAAAACAAGAGAGCCGCGAUCGCCGCCUUGAAACGUAAGAAGAGGUACGAGAAGCAGUUGACGCAGAUCGACGGCACCCUCACUCAGAUUGAGGCGCAGAGGGAGGCGCUGGAGGGCGCCAACACUAACGCCCAGGUGCUCAACACGAUGAGGGACGCCGCCAACGCCAUGAAGCUCGCCCACAAGGAUAUCGACGUGGACAAAGUUCACGAUAUAAUGGACGACAUAGCUGAACAGCACGACAUAUCCAAGGAGAUCACUGACGCCAUCAGCAACAACGUGGCGUUCGGCAACGACAUUGACGAGGAUGAACUGGAGAAGGAGCUGGAGGAGCUGGAACAGGAGGACCUGGACAAGGAGAUGCUGGGCAUCAGCGUGCCCACGGACACGCUGCCCGACGUGCCCGCGGGGGAGCUCGCCCGGGACAAGCCCAAGCCCAGCAAGUCCAAGACGGAGGAUGACGACGACUUCAAAAUGCUCGAGUCGUGGGCAACAUAGGCGAAUGUGCAUUGUGAUAUCUACAUCUACACAUUCGUGUUCGCACCGACUGCUGUCUCGCUCGCACGUACGCCGUUACCAUAGCUCUGUCUCAUUCAUACAGGCCAGAUAAGUGUUAGGACUAGUUUUUUAAGUGAUACGUGUUUGAAUUUGCAAAAAUUAAAAAUUCCUUUCCAUAAUUUUUGCUCAAAUCUCCAAUACCUAAAUCUUGGUAAAAGUAUUUCUGAGUUUGUAUGUACCAUUUUAGACCUCAUUUUGCUUACCAGCUUUGAGGCAAAACACACAAAAAUUUCUAAUAAAAUAUUAUUUGAUUCUAUCUCCCUCACACUUACGGUGAAACUAUAGCGCUGUCUCGUUUGUGCAGGUAUGAAUCGAGAAUUAAGCCGGAGUUUGGUUAUAAUGUUAAGUCCUGUUUAUAUAUUAUUAAUAUUAAUAUAUAACAUUCAAUAAUUUUUUAUAAAAAAAAAUAUACACAAUAAUACUGUUAUAUGUAAUUCGCUUAUUCAAUGGUAGUUAGCUAGUAAUAGAAUAAAUAUAGCAUAAUAUUAAAUAAUUAUUGUAUCUUCUGCCUGAAGGCUUCCAAACAAGUUUUGAGAUUUGAAAUGUACAAAAAGAAAAUGAGUAAUACAUAUGUAUGUAUAUUUAUAUCAAAAAUCGUUCAAUCAAUUCUAGACUUUAUGUUCAUAAGAAGAAAGUUAUAUUUUGUCUGUGUGCUCCACUCUUUUUUCUGUUCUGAUUGGGAUUACUUAGUCUCGUAUCAAAUUUUGUUUUAAAAUACAUUAGUCGGUGCGAAUAGAAUUAUAGUAGUAGUAGUGGUGGAGGUUACUUGCUUAUAAGUGCUUAGUAACUAUCAAUUUAGUUAAACAUGUGAUAACUUAGAAAACAUCAAGAAAUCUGUCUCGGUUCUAGUCUAGACGAGACGAUGGUUCUAGAAAAUGUUUGGCGAUACGUUAUUUGCUUUUGCAAAAUACUUCUAGCGUAGAUGUGGAACUGUAAAUAAAUGAAAAAUAAUAAAUAAAUAAAUAUAGAUAUAUAAUAACACACAUUGAGUUAGCAGCGAAGUAAAUUCGAGACUUGUCUUACGAGAUAAUAACCUAUGGUCCUUAUCUUAUGGUUAUAUACCUAUGUCAUCCUACUAAUAUUAUAAAUGCGAAAGUUUGUGAGUUUGUCAGUAUGGAUAUUUUUUACUCUUUCACGCAAAAACUUCUGAACCGAUUACAAUGAAAUUUGGUAUGUAGGUAGCUGAAGACCCAGAAUAACAUAUAGGCUUUUUAUCCCGGAGUUCCCGCGGGAAUAAUAGGGUUUCCAUGCGGACGAAGUCGCGGGCGGCCUCUAGUAUGGUUAUAUAUGUCAAAAAAUAUGGAAUAAUGUUAUUAACUGAUUUUAUUUUAUUUAAGUUUUACACAGGGUAGAAAAAUCUGUUUUCAACGAAUAAUAUCUCGGAAAAAUGGAAAUCGUCUUAAAAAUGUGAUAAAAAUAUGAUAUUACAUAUGUACCUUCAAGAAAUUAGAAAUUAUGUUACCAACGCAAUUAUCUUCGAACAUUGAAAUUGAGAUUUAAAAAUUUUCUCUUAAACGAGCAUAGAUACUGCUUUAAUCAAAUUUGAAUUUAGUUUCGUCAAACAUAAGAUUCACUUUUUUGUGUGUUUUUUUCUACUUUAUUGUUUGGCAGAGCCUUUGAUCAAGUAACCCUCAACACUGCUAACUUGUAUAAAUAAAUAUGUAUGUAACAUUUGCUUAGUACCUAUCUAUAUCCCGAAUUAUACAAUUUGGAUAUGACAUUUGUGUGAUGAAUGUAGAUUGGAUUCAUUGUGCUAAGUAUAAUUAAACUACAUUCCCUGUAAAAUCAAGUAUAUUAAAAAUGCCUGAUUGUCAAAAAGGAGAAUUAUUUAGUUAUUAACUUCUUGCCGUGUGGUUCCCGGCACCAAUACAAAAAAGAAUAGGACCACUCCAUCUCUUUCCCAAGGAUGUCGUAAAAGGCGACUAUGAUAGGCUUGCAAACUUGAGAUUAUUUAUUUUAGGCGUUGGGCUAGCAACCUGUCACUAUUUGAAUCUCAAUUCUAUCAUUUAGCCAAAUAACUGAACGUGGCCUAUCAGUCUUUUCAAGACUGUUGGCUCUGUCUAACCCGCAAGGGAUAUAGACGUGAUUAUAUGUAUGUAUGUAUGUGUAUUAACUUCUUAAACGUGACGUGAGUUUGAAUAGUUUCUUGUUAUACAAAUUGGUCCACCAAAAACAGUACACGGGUCUUUGAAUUAAAUACUAAGUACUUUUUGUAUAGGUUAUGUACUUGUCAGUUCCAAUGUGCAUUUAUGAAGCAUGUUUCGUAUCCAAAUUGUAGUUAGCCAUGCCUUUGAUUAUAGUCAAAAUUUUGAUGGAAAUGGCACGUACAAGCGGGAAUAUUUUCUGAUAAAUAAAUAUUUUUUGUAGAUACUAUUAAGUUGUAAUGUCUUAAAAAAUAAAAAACGUGUUUGGUCUGUUGUUUUAUGAAUAUCUAGCAGAACAUCUUCAAAAAUUGGUAAUUAAAAAAAAAACCUAUAAAUAUUUAAAUAUAGGGUUGUAAUUUUUUAAGGAAAAUCUUUUUUUUUUUUUUAAUUAUUUUUGGAUGCUGUGCACUGAAAAUUUGGCGGUUAAAUUGAUAUAGCGAAUAAAAAUUUAUUGCUCUUUUGUGUCACUUUAGCGUAGUGCCUAAUUGUGAAUUAAUAUGUACAUUUUUUAAGCUGUAACAUUAACUUAUGCAUAUGGUUGAAUAUAUUAUUUUUAAGAAAAUUCUA